CAUCAUUUAGAAACAGGAAGUGGACUGACAGCGUUACAGACUGAUAACAACCGGAUUUGGAGUCGUUGCUGUUAAACGGACUACAUUAAAAACCGCAAAAGUGUCGAUUUUACUCGUAGAUAGAUAUGUACGUACAUUUUAGUGAGAAGAGAGCCGCAAUGGUAGGCGUAGCUUUGUCCUUGGCUUAUUGUUUACUGGCUUUUUGCUCGGUUGAAUGUCUCGAUUCUAGCAAAGAUUCGGUUGAACAUGUAAACAUCACAGUUAACGUCACUACUCAGGAGCCUGCAAUCACUAAAAACACAGCAAAUCAUACUUUAAACAGUCUGAAUUUGGACGGCUCUAUGAUUCAGAGGGCUUUGUACGUGCUUAUCGGCAUCACCAUUAUAGGAGUGCUUUAUUUCCUUGUUCGUGCAGUCCGUCUGAAGAAAUCUUCUACAACACGAAAAAAAUAUGGACUUCUGGCAAACUAUGAUGACACGGUGGAGAUGGCACAGCUGGAAAGUGAUGAAGAUGACAACACUGUGUAUGAAGCCAAAUCACUGAGAAGAUGAGUCCUGAGGGCCAAGAGGAAAAGACGAUGAAGCAAUAAAGUGGAACGGACCAAAAAAUGACCAAAAAGGGCAUCUGGACCUCGGGCUGUGGUGUGUUUGAAGCGUUUGGUCAUAUUUUAUAUUAAAACUGCUUACCACAAGCCUCCGCUGCUGUGAAACUGUGCAAUGUGUUCUGUACCAGAUCAAUUCCUGGAGGUGUGACGCUCUUUUUUUUUUUUUUUUCCCCCAUCAUUUUUAAUUUCAACGAUUUUGCUUUCAUUUUCAUUUUUUUUAAUGUUUAGACAUGCUACUGUUUUACUGUCAGUGCAACACAACCGUAUUACAGCACUCUGGAGUGUAUGGUGUAAUAUAACUGCAAAUACUGAUACAAUAUUCUUAUUACACCGCUUUUCUGUAUCAUCUCAGUAGUGCAGAAGUGUGUGUGUGGAUAACGGUUAACAAACACAACAGCGUGCGGCUCUGCGACACGGCCAGCUUUGCUCUCUGGUAUUAGGACUCCUAUAAAACAAAGUCCUGAGCCUUUAGAAGAUACAAAUGCUGCUGAAGGUGUAUUAUUAUUAUUUUUUUUUAAAUAGAUUUUUUCCCUCCAGUUGAAAAUGACAAUACUUUCCUGCACUCGGGGCAAAAGGGGUUGGGGUGGCUGUUGUUACUACUUUCACUACUGAGGAAUUUUUGAAUAUUAUCCAUAAAAAAAAUUAAAAAAAAAUAGAAAAAGCUUUUCAUUUCCAUCUUCAGUUGUUUAUCUAUUUUUUUUAUUGCUAAAUUUAAAGUCACACUAAAUGGAAAAAAAAGGAAAAAAAAAAAGAAAAGUUUGGUUUUGUUUAUUUACAUUUUAAAUAUUCGCAUUGAAGUUAAAACUUUAAAUUCUUUAUCGGUCGUUCUUCGCUGGCAGAAAAGAUGAACGCAUGCUGAUCAUUCGAAGACAAAAGAAUUAUUAUUUUUAUUUUUAUUAUUAUUUUUCAUUUGCUUUUCCAUGCACUACGGGUGGCUUCGGCUUCUGUUUAUGUCCUCAUCAUUUCCAUUACACUGCACGUUGCUCAUCUCCGGUUUCUUCAUUCCUGUACAAUGAACAUUGGUUUAUCUUUUUGUUUUUCUUUCUUUCUUUCUUUUAAAUCUUUGACUUUGAUUAUGAAUGCAUUUCCAUCUUUCCGCUGUUCGGUGAAGGUUGCUGUAUCUCUCGGUCUUGAGUGGAAGGUAAGAUCGAUUCAUUCGACCCUUCUGGGGGUUUUUUGUGUGGAUGGACGUUGGACGGUCAAUAUUUGGUGUUUAACGUUCAGAUUCUGUGCCUUUAAGUGUUUUCUAUUCGGACAGACUGUAAUUCGAAGCGAUCUGUGACUUCCACGUGGUUUCUGCAUUCCUGUAUUUUGAAAGCUUUAAAUUUGUCCAAAAAAAAAAAAUUCAUACAUAAUAUAAUAUAUUUCUAAAAUUACCUUUAAAAAGUUCUAGAAGUCAACGGAAUAUUGAUUGCGUGAAAUGUUUUUGUCAAUAUUUUGUUAUUAAAGCUUAUAAAGCCACAUUAGGAGUUUAUUGGUCAGAUAUCAUUCAUAGUGAUGUGUGCACUUUAUAUACACUCACUCACUCACACACACACACACACACACACACGCUCACACACACACUCUCUCUUCAGUAAUCAUGAUUAAAUACAACUCACCUUGUGUUUCCCUCUCUUUCUCUCUGUCUGUCUUUCUCUCUUGCUCUCUCUGUCUGUCUCUCGCUCUCCCUGUGUGUCUAUCUCUUAUCUGGGUGGUGUUUUUCCUUCUCUCUCUGUCUGUCUCUGUGUCUGUUUAUCUGGGUGGUAUUAUUCCUGUUCUCUCUCUCUGACUGUCUGUCUGUCUGUCUGUCUCUCACUCUCUCUCACACACACACACAGACACACAGUGCUCUGAUUGUGGUCAUUUGUACAGUAUAAUUCAUUUAAAUGGAUCCUGUGCUGUGAUGUAUUAUGGGGCUGUUCCUCUUACUGAAAUGCUUGAUGAUUAACAGCAUUUUCUGGAUUUUUUUUUUCUUUUUUUAAAUAAAGAACCUUUACCUAA